AUGGCUCAGAUAGAAUUGCCUAGGGGGUGGAAAGUCCCGAAAUUUAUCAAGUUCGCUGGGGAUACUAAAGAGUCCACCGUCGAACACGUGGCCAGGUACCAGACCGAUGAUGGUGACAUAGUGAACAAUGAGGAUUUGAAGUUAAAAUACUUCCCAAGUUCUCUUACGAAGAAUGCGUUUACAUGGUUUACAAUGCUACCUCCAAAGUCGAUCCAAACAUGGACACGGUUGGAGAUAUUGUUCCAUGAACAAUUUAACAUGGGGCAGUCGAAGAUUAGCCUCAAAGAACUAGCUAGCGUUAAGCGAAAGGUUGCUGAGUCAGUUGAUCAGUACCUAAACAAGUUUAGACUGUUGAAAGCGCGAUGCUUUACUCAAGUCCCUCAACACAAAUUAGUCAAGAUGGUGGUUGGGGGGUUAGAUUAUUCUAUAAGGAAAAAGCUGGAUACUCAGUAUCUUAGAGAUAUGGCCCAAUUGGCCGACAUAGUUCGACGUAUCAAAUGCUUGAAAGCUGAGAAGUCCAAGGCGGGUCGAUAUCAUAAGAAGGAAAAAGUGUCAUAUAUCGCAGUCGAAGGGGUUUCUUCCGACGACGAAGAUAUAAUCGACAGAAGCGAGGUUAACGUGGCAGAACUUAAGCUCGGACCUCCAUAUGCAUCUAAGGUUUUAAAACCCUCAAAUGGGAAAAAUCCUGUCGAUCCAGAAAAAAUAGAGAAAUACGUAGCUAAGACCUAUACUUUCGAAGUAUCUAAGUGCGACGAAAUCUUUGAUCUAUUGGUAAAAGACGGUCAGAUUAUCGUUUCUCAUGGUUUAAAAGACCCUCCCCUAUAA